UGUGUUACGUCAGCCUUUACGCACGCGGAUAUAUAAGUCUGAAACUUGAGUGUGCUUACUGUGUGUUACAGCUGUCGACAUCGUAGGGCAACACUGCAUCCUUAAGGUUUUUCAAGAUGGUUGUGCUUUCCAAAGAAUAUGGAUAUGUGGUCUUAACUGGUUUUGCCAGCAUGCUGAUGAUUGGACACCUGGCCGUUAAAGUUGGCAAAGCCCGCAAGACGUACAAUGUGCAGUAUCCUCAGAUGUACAGUGACGACCCAGAAAAUGGAAACAUUUUCAACUGCAUCCAGCGUGGACACCAAAACACGCUGGAGGUCUACCCUGCCUUCCUUUUCUGUCUGGCUGUUGGUGGUUUACAUUGUCCUCGUCUCACCAGUGGACUUGGAGCUGUAUGGAUCAUAAGCAGAGAGGUUUAUGCGCAUGGGUAUGCUACAGGAGAUCCUAAAAAAAGAGUGAGGGGAGCAUUUGGGAACGUCGCUUUGGUUGGGAUGAUGCUGACCACCGCCCAUUUUGGCUGUCACCUGUUGGGCUGGACGACACCACGGAUGGGACUCCUCAGUCACAAGCAAUGUUGCCAGUGAGGAAGAGGAGGAGGAGGACUCAAUCAUUAUUCUAAUCAUAGCCACUCAAUAUAAACCAUAUCUUGCAGAAUGUGUGCUAAUCUCUUGACCAAUUUAACAUUUGAAGUCAGGUGAAAUUCAUGUCGUCAGGUGACCUGACCAGUUCUGCACCCUGAUUUUGAAGUUAUAAAUGAAUAGACCACAUGACUACUCAUAUCAUGUAGUUUUCACAUAAACAAAUGAAGAUGCUUUGAAAGGACAUUUUUGGAGGGAAAUUAGCCUAUGUUUGAUGGACUUUUGACAGAAAUUACUCUACAUUUUGCAUUUCCUAAGCUGUUAAAGUCUAAUAUUGCACAACCAUGAAUAAGUGGAAAUGGUUAGUCAGAAAUACUGCUGUUGUAGGCUAAAACCCUCCAUAAUGACCUUUUUUUAUUCUUAUAUUAGAAAUCCUUUCCAAGUCAUUUAAAAAUAUGAUUCAUGUACUGACAAUAAAGGUGUUGGUUCUAAAAAAGA